AUGUUUAAAGCAGCAGUAUUACUUUCCCAAACAUAUAACAUAAAAAUUGGAGGACAAUUUAUUGGAUGGCAAACUGCACAAACUGAUGACAAUGUGAUAAGUGCUCUUCGAAGUACGUGCUUUGCAAUCUCUACUUCUAAUAUCAUAGGCAUUGUGGGUCCUGCAUUGUCAAGGGAGGCAAACAUUAUCGCUGAUUUUGCAGAAAAAGUUAAUAUUCCUGUAAUAUCAUAUGCUGCAACCGAUCCUGGUUUAUCUGAUCGAAAUGCAUAUUUUCUUUUUCAUCGGACAGUUCCUUCGGAUAAUGUAGCUGCAACGGCGAUUGCACAAUUGUUCAUACGAUUUAAUUGGACAUCAUGUACAAUUAUCUAUCAAAAUGAUGACUAUGGUUCUGGUGGUGCAAGAGCACUAAGUGACACACUAAGUAAGAAUAGUGUGACAUUUAUACAAAAGAUAGCGUUUGAUAUUAUUACACAUAAUUUUCAAAGUGAUUUGAAAACUUCUUUAAUCAAUACUUUAACUAGAAUUGUAAUAUUAUGGGCUGAAUCAUAUUAUGCAUCCUUAAUUUUACAAUAUGCUCUUAAUUAUAAUGUACUUGGUCCAAAGUUCACAUGGAUAUUAAGUUCUAAUAUUCCAUUGAACUCUUUUAAUCAAUCAUUCUCUCAAAAUUUAAUUGGAAUACUUACUGUAGAACCUACAGUAGGAGAUGUUGUCAAUGAACCAAUAAAUACAACAUUAUUAAAUGCAGCAUAUAAUAUUUGGGAACAAUAUGAGCCUGAAUCAUUUCCUGGACCAACAAAAGUGAAUUCUUUUGCACUAUUUGCAUUUGAUGCAACUUGGUCAUUAAUUCAAUCAUUACAAAGACUUUGUUCGAUAACAACUAACAAUUCUUCAUCGUGUAUAUCAAUUCUUAACUCUUCAUUCUGUUUUGAUUAUCGUUUUCUCAAUGCCAACUCUUUAUUUGAUACAAUUCUUAAUACUAGCUUUCUUGGUGUAUCUGGUCCAAUACAAUUUAGUGUCAAUGUAACAGAUCGGAUGAAUGGUAGUUAUUAUUUGAUACAAAAUGUUCAACCUUCUUCGAAUGGUGUAGUCUAUGUACCAAUAUUGAAAUGGUCUGAUUCUAGCAAUUGGACACAAUAUGCAUUAUCAAAUGUUAUUGUGUGGCCUGGUAA